CCGCCCUGAAGAGUUGUAUGUUGUGAAGUUAAAAUGAUUCAUCUUAUCAGCUGCUGGAUUCACAGCAUAUGUCUUCUAUAUCUCACCCUUGUUGCCGCCAACGAGAAGACAUGCUCCACCUUAAGUCAAUUACCUGUGAUACAAGGUUCAAGGAUGAAGGGUGCUGUCAUUGAAACAUUUACCACUGCAGGCAUUGUUAGCUGUGCAAGGGAAUGUCUUCUGAGAACUAUGUGCAAGUCUUACAACUUUCAGCUUGAUGACGGAACAUGCGAGCUGAGUUGUGAGGAUGGAUCUGCAAGUUCCUUGGAAACAGCACCAGGCUUUGUGUUCUCUAAGUCGGAAGAUUGGCCACAGGGAAUACUAGCCGGUUGUAAAGACCACUCCUGUCCUAACAACACUGUGUGCAAAGAAGCAGAUGGCGGCGAAGUGAAGUGUAUCCUUGCGUACUGCAGGGCCCCACCGACUGUAGAAUACGUCGAUUCUUCAGUCGUCAGACAGUUCACUCGGAUAAACCAUUCAUUGAGGUGCCAAGUGGGAUUUGUGCCGUGUGGAAACAUGACAUGUAAGCCGGAUGGAACGUGGACCACGAUGACAUGCUUGCCUGUGUCCAUCUGUUCCGAGGUUCGGCAACUCAGUUCCACGUACACUGACGGAGAGUAUUGGCUGUAUCCACGGCAACUAGAUGGGGUUAGAGUGAAGGUGUACUGUCAUGCAAUGAACAGUACACCCUCUGAGUACAUCUCACUUCCUACACCAUAUUUCAUGGAUGCACCCAGCCUACAAAAUUACUUCUGCACAGGAGAAAUCCCUCAUGAAAGUCCAUGGCUCGGAUAUUUUGUCUUUUCAAAGUUUGGCUUGGACAUUGAGAAAAUGGAAGUUAAGCCCAGAGAUUAUGUCUUCUACAACAAGACAACCUCGCUGGAUGCUAUUGUGGGAGAAGUCCGAGACUGCUACGCCCUAUCAGACAGCGCAUGUGGAAGAAGAGGACGGGCGGUAAUGGACCUGAGAGGCACUGGGCUGGCUCUUAACGAAACCGUCACGUGGCGGCAGACUGGAGGAGUACCGAUUGUGACAAGGUCAUCAAAUGACCAGUUGCUUGAGAUUCGGUGUGGAGGAUGGUGUGGACAUUGCUAUAUAAAUGGUCAUGCUCUCCUCACCGUAUUUGAAUCAGAUGCGCCAGAGGAAAGUAGUGCCAUAACCCCAUCUUGUGAUUAGCACCUGAAACGUGUGUCUAACAGUCCUCGAAUAACGUGUGAUCAACCCCUAAACAAUAUCUCUACAUAACAGUGCUCCAACAUCUUGUGGUGAACACUUGAACAACGUGCCCACAUAACAGUGCUCCAACAUCUUGCGGUCAACACUUGUACAACGUACCUACAUAACAGUGCUCCAACAUCUUGAGGUCAACACUUGUACAACGUGCCUACA